UGGGCACCGUUUUACCAAACGGUUAAACCAACAAUUCGAGAGAGCUGAGAGCCGGAGAGAGCUAUCCCAACGUUAACGGACUGUACCCGAACGCAGCAAAAAUGUGACCAGAUGGUUUAAUGACAUCCUAGCAAGAAACUAAAGAACUUAGCUCACUUCGUAUAGUCCAUUCCUGGUUGAUCCAGUUCGUUGGUAAAAGAUUCCAUAAAUUCCUGAUUUUAAUUAGCCGGUAUGGAAAGUGCGAAUUCGACGAUGAUUUUAAUUACAGGACCACCAGGUGUGGGCAAAACAACGCUGGUGCGCAAGAUAUGUUCGAAUCUACAGGAAAAAGAGCGCAUCCUGCAGGGAUUCUUCACAGAAGAAGUUCGAGGUCAGGGAACUAACCAACGGAUUGGAUUCGAUGUGGUCACCUUGGCGGGAAAACGAGGAAUCCUGGCACGCGAGAAUCCUGCGGAUAACCUGCGACGCCCAAAAGUGGGCAAGUAUUCGGUAUUUGUCCAGGAUUUCGAGGAUCUAACAUUGCCACUGUUGGAUGUCAAGGAUUCCCGCUCAGAACUCCUGAUCAUCGACGAAGUGGGCAAAAUGGAGCUAUUCAGCAAGCGUUUCGAGUCUGCCAUGAAUAAUCUUCUCAAGAAGAAAACUCCCUUGGUGGUCACCAUACCCGAAAAAUCAAACUUGCCACUUGUGGAGCAGUUGAGAAAAUCAUCCGAAUCGGUUCUCUAUAAGGUGACUAAAUCGAACAGGGAUAAACUGCCAGCUGAAAUAACAGAUCUAAUCACAAAAUCAUUGCUUGUAACAAAGUAAAA